UUUACUCGUUUACAUUCUCAAAAACUCAAAUAAGUGGAUGAAACGCGAUCGUGAAGUCUAAAAUGAUAUUUGUCUAAAUUUAGACUAUCAUGAGAUCAGAAAGCAACACCCAUUCGCCAGUCAUUCUAAAUGUAUUCUGUGACACCAGCCCCCGCACCGUACCUACAAAUAGGCCCGGGUCAGAUGGCUCACGGAGAUUUUCGUCUGUGGAGGUGUCAUGGAUCCGAUACGAUUUGGCCUCCUCUUUAGAACUAUUGUUUUGCAGUGUUUUGUCAUGAAGAGUGUAAUGUCUGUCCAGAAAAGAGAAUGGGUUGGUGGUCCAACAGCAAAGUUAGCAGAGGGAGACGUGACAUGUUUUUCUGAAUACAUGGAGAUGUGGAUUCACAGUGCGAGAAUUGAAGGGUUGAGAGUGUGGCUGUCUGGGGCCUUACGAAGCCAAGUCAACCUUGCAUCUCAGGACCACCUCAACCUCCAGCUGUCUGUCUGCGGGUUCUCGCUGCACAAAGACCCCCACAAGAACUUCAUUUUCAGAGUCAGUUACACUGGAUGUUUUGUCCAGCAACAGCGUGGCUUCCAUGUGCUUACACUGAAUUUGGUGAAGAGGAUAAAUCGAUUAGGAGGCAGACGUCACAGUUUAAUGAUGACCUGCCCUGUGGGUUCUGCGCUGCCCAACAGAGAGAAAGUCCAGUGUGACCCGGAGAAUAUUCAGGUGAUAAGACAAGUUCCCCAUGACAACUGGAAUAAGGAGUUGCAGUGGUCACUGUCUUUGAGCGACCACCUCAUUGUUGCUGUGGAGGAUGCCAGUCUGAUCCAGAUGGACAUUGUCCUGGACGGACCAGACAUUGCUGUCCAAGGCAGGAGGAGGGAGAUCUUGAGCCCUGUGACGGUGAUGGAAAAUGAAGGGGAAUUCUUAGCCCUGAAGCUGGUCAGUGGUCUAUAUGCCUACAGUAUGGAAGCUGUGUGUCCAACAGUGACUACGUCCACAGCAGAGGAGACGGUGCUGCACAUUUUCAAACGUCGCAUGGGCCUGACCAGGCGAGGCAGCGAUGACAAUGAGGGACUGACUGUCAGUGAUGUGUCAGUGAACCAGACGGAUGAUUUCACUGUGCACGAGACGAGGGAAUUUGUGUCACUGAUCAUUCCCACAACACAAAUACUCCAAACAAAGACCUGCGCAGACAGCAAACAACUCGUGCAGCCCUUCUACAGGGUGGAUGUUGUGCUCACCUUCAAAGAGACAAAUCACAAAAUGCAUUGGACCAUGGAGAACACACUGCCGUGCACAGCUGGGCUUGCAACGUCUCACAUCACACCCCCUCCUGCCCCGUCCAUACUCAACUCUAUAAAUGAGAGUCUAACUACAGAGCGAGUGUUGUUGGGUCGUCCUGCCGUCCCCACAUGGACACCAACCAAGGCGGCUCUGUUCGAAGAGAUGAUGUCGGAAUUUUCCACAAUUAGCUCAUCUCACACAGAGACAGAGGGCAGCAGCUUUAAUUCCCACAAUGAGGAGAUGACAAAGAGUCAAAGUGGGGAUUUAUCCUCUGGGUUCGAUGGGGACACUGUCACUUCCGUUGAUGCAAAUGUAACAUACGUAACUUUCCAUACAACUGUGGCACAUGAACAAGAAAACCGUCAAGACCCGCAAAAGCAGAAAAAAUGGAAAUGGAUUUGGUAGGAUUAGAAACCAGAAAACAUUUGUGAAACACUAUUAAAAUGAUUGCCACCGCUGAAACAGAACAAUACCAACAAUUGAAGCAAAAAUAUAUUUCAGUAUCCCCCUCACUUUAAGGCCUUUUGAUUCACUUAUUUUGUUUGAAUUCUCACUGGUUCUAAGUGGUACACGUCCGUUUGCCAUCGUAAGGGGGGGG